AUGAGUCAGGCUAUAAAAUUGUGUUGUUCUUACAAUAUAUUCAUUCAAUAAUGCCUUUUCAUUUCGACGGUCGCAUUGGUUGAACUAACUAACGGGACUACCGAAACCAAGUUAUUCACGGCAAAUUCGUUCCGUUUGUGAAGUUGUUGUGUCGUCGGCGACGGCAUUUUUAGUUGUAAUCACGUUUCGAAGCCGAUCACAAGUAUUUUUGAUUAUUGUUGGUGAACAUUUUGUACGGUGAAGAAGAGAAACAAAAUGUUUGAGUUCAAAACAAAUGUCAAUUUGAAACGUCAGCAGCUUUGCAAAUCCGAACCACAUAUUGGCAUCAACGAGAAUAAAUCCAUUGAAAACACGAAGCCAUCAUCGCUCACAACAACCGAUUACGCAUACCGUCAUUCGGUAGAAUUCGUUCCGUAUUGGAAGGUUUAUGGUUAUAGUUUUUCGAAUGCAACGAAUCGGGAUGCAUAUGACAACCGAAAUAUUAUGCUAAAUGUACAAUUACCCAAGAAUCUUCGAAUUCCAUCGAAUAUGCCGUUGAAAUGGUCAACAUCGCAGCAAGCCGCUGUCACUGAAGAAAUUUCACAACAGUCAUGGCAAGUCAAGCGACUCGAGCAUCGAACAAGGUCGACAUAAAAGCCGAAACCAACUGGCAAUCAAUGAAGAAAAUAAGCCAGUAAUAUUUAACCUGAUAUUAAUUCGAAAUAUUGCGAAAGAAGAAUGUAAUGUCAUUUUGACUUAUGAAAUCAGUAUACAGAAUGAUGUUAUCUCAUGACUUGAUCAGAAGGAAAAACUUCUUAGAAAAGUCACCAACUCAUUUCAAUGAUGAUCUAAUUUAGUUUUCGAAUUUUUGAAGAAUGAAAAAAAAAGAUGUAAGUUGUGAAUAAAAACGAUUUAAAUUUGGAAAUUUCAAA